AUGUGCACGCACCUGUUAACAACACGUGCAGGGUUCCUGCCCACCCCUGUGAAAGACACUUCGUGGAACAAGAUGCCACUGAAGGAGCUGGGCCUGCGGCGGCUGUGGAGCGGGCUGCGCGCGGGCCGGGCCGAAGCGGCCAACGGCUCCGGCGCGGGGUCGGGGACCAGGGACUCGUCGCUGUCGCCCUGCGGGGACCCGCAGAGGCCCGCCGCACCCGCCGGCGGCCUCCCGCUGCUCCAGGUAUGGCCGAGCCAGGACUCCCCGCGGGGCGAGGCGGACGGCCAGAGCUUCGUGUUCCCCUCGGAGGAGCCGGGCUCUCCGCUGGCGCUGGUGCCCAGCGUGGUGGCCGCCGGCCGCGACGACGAGCCCGGCUGCUGCGACGCCUCCGCCAACCAGCACGACUCGGGCAUCGACUCCGUGCAGGUGAGCCCGUGCCCGACAAACCCACCUGCACCGCCCGGCUGCAGCAGCGGCGCUCCCCCUGUUGGUGUGCCAGGCGGCGGCGGGGCAGGGGGAGGGAACUCGACCGCCUGUUCGCCUUCGCCUGGACCCCGGAGGCCGUCCAGCGCGUUGCUGCAUCCCGACCACGCCAGGCUGCUGUCGCUGCAGCUGCCCCAGCGGUGCUCACCAGAGCUGCAGACGCUGGAGGACCACUCGGCGGCGUCGGCGCCGCUGUCCUGCUCGUCGUCGUCGGCGUCGUCGCUGACGAGCGUGGCGGCGGCGUCGGGCCCCGGCGCGGCGCUGCCGGCGGCGUUCGGCGGCAGCUACCACGGGCUGUGCGGCCUCAACGGCGCCGCCUGCUCGUCGCGCACCUCGGACAGCGGCGGCAUGGCGGGCGAGAGGCGGCGCAGCUCUGCGCGCUACUCGCUGCUCGACGCGCUAGACCUGGAGUACGCGCUGCUGCGCGCCGCCGCGCGCGGCUCCGUGGGGCCGUACUCGCUCAGCGAGUCGCUGCACAAGCUCACCUUCACGCAGAGCCUCGCCUUCCCGGCGCUGGCGCGCGGCCUGGCCGGCAAGCGGCGCCGCAGCGACCAGCGCGGGGGCAGCGGGUCGGCCGCAGGGCGCGGGGGCGGCGCCGGGGGCGGGCCGCCCCUCGGCCGCGACGGCGAGUCGGGCCUCAACGCCUUCGCCAAGGUCGUCACGGCGCUCGUCCUCGUACUCGUCAGCGUCCUCGUCUUCGGCGUCGUCUACAAGUUCGUGCGCACGUGA